AUGGACUUCUCUCCAGCACAGCUACAUCUAAAGGAUAUUACCGAGUCCCCAGGGUGGAACUCACAGCAGCAAUGGGGAUACCCUGAUUCUGAAGGCUACUGCAGCCUGUCCCCAGCGUCUUCCACAGAUUCUUCCAGCUUCUCACCUCCAUAUGGGUCCUAUGCUUUCCCUAAAGAGAUGUCCACGAGUUGUAACACAGCUCUGCCUCAGACAGACAUGCAGUCAAGAACCAGGAAUCUAGCUCCAAAGAAGAGCAUGAAGAAGAGGUUUAUGUGUGGCCAGAGGCAGAAUGCAAGUGAGAGGGAGAAGAUGAGGAUGAGGAAUCUCUCUACUGCCCUUCAGCACGUUAGAAGAUACUUACCUCCAGCAGUGGCCCCACCUGGGAAAAACCUAACAAAGAUUGAGACUCUAAGGCUCACCAUCCGCUACAUUGCCCAUCUUUCAGAGGUUCUAGGACUUGAUGAGGAGGCCCUGGUGAGGAGAAGGGAAGAAGCCAUUAGGGGCUCUAACAUGUGCCCAGUUGGUCUGAGCUGUUGCCAAGGCAGCAUGCAUGCCAUUUGCCCAGAAUCUAGAGACAUGCUCCCAGCCACUGCCACCCCAUCCUACCUGUCCUACUCACCAGCACCACUUCAAAACCACACAGGCCUUGGCCAAAUGGACAGAGAACUGAAGACGGCUGUCCCACAGGCUUAUGAAUGUGAAGCUCCGGCCAUGACAGCAGCAGAGCCAAUGAUAUUUUCUCCCUGUGCACUAAAAGGCAGGCCAGCCCAUGGAACAACAUACAUGGACACCAAGGGUGGAUUCACUGCUCCUUCACCUGUCUCUCCAGACCUGGGCUUUUGUUCGGUAUGUACAAUAUACUAUUUCUCUCAUUAACUUUCUAUAUCUAUGUAUAUAUCUAUAACUUUAUACUAGCACUGAUUCAUUCUAGAACAGCUGUCAGACAUGUAUGAUUGGAGGGGUAGAUGGAUAUUAACUUGUUGCAAACAUUCAUGUUGCUUUGAGUGUAGGAUUCCAGUUUCCUCUAGUUCUCGUCCAGACUUCUGAAUUUUAUACAAUGUUGCUUCAUGCAUGGUCACGUUGCUAUAGCGACGCUGUUCUUGCACAGUAGUUUUGCUUCAUACAGGUGCAAAUUCCAUUCCAUUCCAUACUAUUAUUUUAUCAUUUUGGCACCCUAUUUUGAUAACUUUAUUUUUGCUGUCUACAAAAUAGUCUAACCUGGUUUAUUCUAUCCUGUAUAUCUAAGGAAAUGUUGCAACAUAUACUUUUUUUUUUUUGUGGAGAGGGGGAAGGAUGAGUUCAUUCAACUCAGAACAUAUUAAGUAUACUCAGUAUACUCUAAAAGUUAAUACAAUAUAAUUGGCUGGAACCGUAGGAAAAUUCUUCAGUUCAGCAUUUUUGCCAAAUUGCUGAUUUUGGCCUAAAUUUAGCAAAUCUGAUUUUCCAUUUACCUCAAUUCAAUUGCUCAUAUAAUCCUGCAGAUUUUUAAAACAAGUAUUUUGUUAUCUCUGUAAAGGGUUACUCUAAGCACUAUAAACACUUCACUGAUUUGAAGUGGUCAUGGUGCCCGGAGUCUGCAUGCGGAACUAUGAAAAGCUGCAUAUACAGAGUUUAGCCCUCUGCUCCUGGUGGUGUAACGGAACCUGUUGUGUUAAAGGUCAGCCACAACUGUCUUAGUUUGGGGAUCCUGCCUAAGGUUUCAUAUCUGCAGUGAUAACAAUAGAAUACAGCAAUGCUCGCAAUGCAUUUAGAUCUAUAUCCAAUAUGCAUGUUCUAACAUAUCUUAUCUUUACUCUUCUAGAACUUCAUAGAUGACAUGUGGGAUGAUCUUCCAGAAAAAGAUCUUUGGACAUCGUUUCAGCCAACGGGAGUCCAGCCGCAACAAUUCUGUUAAAUUCUUUUGUUAUACAAUACAUGCUUUUCUAAUUUUUGUAUUAUUUUGUGGAUUUGUAAAUAUAAAUUAUUUAACUACAGAAAAUAUUGUUUAUCUAUCUAUAAAGGUUUAUUACUUAUACUUCAUUUAUAUAGCAUAUAUUUCAUAUACCGGUAUAUAUAACUAAAUAUAAUUUAUAUACUAUUAAAAAGCAUCUCCUGAUUUCUGUUGUUGGUUGCAUUCUUUGUGUACUUCUCUUUAGUACAUGCAAGGGAGGGGUAAAACGGGGAACAUGAAUAGUAUGGGAUUUAUGAAAUUUGAGUUUAACCCUUUGGGUGCUAGAGAUGUGACCAGUACAUUACAAAACAAUAUGUGGGGCCACCUCUGGCACUCAAAGGGUUAAACCCAGUUUCAGUAAAUUAUAGAGAACUUCUGUAUUUACGUCUUGUACAAGGGUGAUGAGUUUGUCCCAGGAUAACAUUUUACUUGUGGGUGUGUUAUCCCUUUAAAGCUCAUUUGGCGUCAUGACACUGUAGUCCAUUUGAAACAUGGGGUCUACAAUGACUUCAUUUUUAUUACAUAGACAAUCACUUAUCCUUAAGGGGAAACUAUUGAUUAAAAAAAAAAGAACCCCAUAUUUUUCAAUGCAUUUUACUAACAUUUUUGAAAAAAAGAUACAACAUAAAAUUAAAGUUAUCCUUAUGUCCAAAACUCCCAGUGCCAACUGUAAACAUGUGGCCAUAACUCGUCUCUCUCAGUUUUUGUUCAGUUUUCGUCUAGUUUGGUGUCUGGACACAACACACAACUUCACUGAAAUUAACACAGCAAAUGAGAUAAUUUUAUUUUUAAAUAGAGGUUUCUUCCAAGCUAUACAUUUGGUAGUCAAUCUUUCAAAAGUGCAAGUUGUAGGUACCGGAUAACCUUUAAGUUUCUUAACUCACAUUAAAUUAGGUUUCCUGGAUUGGUGUCUAGCCUGUAGGUACCCGAAGUGGUACCCAUGACCCCAGGUUUACCACCACUAUCCCAUGCUACAUACUUCAAUGUGUAUCUGACACAUCUAACUCACUGCUUAAAGGCUUACUCCAACCACCAUGACCACCUCUGCUUUUAGAAGUAGUCAUGGUGAUACAAGUCUGUAUCUGUGUGUGCAGUGUUUCUGCUUGAAGUGCUGAACAUCCAGAGAUAUUUGGACUUGUGUGCCUUGGCCAGUUAUACCCCCGGCAAACAUGACUCAGGCAGCCCAGAACUCUCUGUUAAUUCUAACAAAAAACAAUUGUAAUUCUAUCUAAAAAUAAGUUUGUCAUCAGUACACAGCAUGCUGGCGACAGACAUGGUCAGAUUCUCUCUUGCAUUAAUUGUUACUGCAAGGAGAAGCUUUCCUGCUUACCCCUGGCAGUCCUGUUCUAAAGAUUGUUUUUUUGUUUUCCCCUCACUGGUUCCUAGCAUGUGCAUGUACCCCAACCCAGGUGUCAAGUCCUGGGGAAAAAGGUGUGGGAACUCACCCAAGAUUCCCGCCUCCCCCCCCACCCCCUUAAAAAAAAUUACACUCCUAUGCAUAUAGUGCAGUGCAGGGUGUGUAUAAUGAAGGUAGUGUGUUUGUAGUGAAUGCAGAGUAUGAAUAAUAAAUGUAGUGUGUUUGCAGUGAGUGCAGUGUGAAUAAUAAUUGUAGUGUAUUUGUAGUGAGUGCAGAGUGUGUAUAAUGAAUGCAGUGUGUUUUUAGUGAGUGCAGAGUGUGUAUAAUGAAUGUAGUGUAUUUGUAGUGCAGUGCAGUGUGUAUAAUAAAUGUAAUGUGUUUGUAGUGAGUGCAGUGUGUAUAAUGAAUGUAGUGUGUUUGUAGUGAAUGCAGUGUGCAUAGUGAAUGUAGUGUUUUUGUAGUGAGCGCAGAGUGUGUAUAAUGAAUGUGGUGUGUUUGUAGUAAGUGCAAAUUGUGUAUAAUGAAUUUAGUGUGUUUGUAGUGAGUGCAGAGUGUGUACAAUGAAUGCAGUGUAUGUAGUGUUUUUGUAGUGAAUGCAGAGUGUGUAUAGUGAAUGUAGUGUGUAGUGAGUGCAGAAUGUGUAUAGUGAAUGCAGAGGGUGUAUAGUGAAUGUAGUGUGUUUGUAGUGAGUGAAGAGUGUGUAUAAUGAAUGCAGCGUGUGCUGGAUGAUGUGUGUGUGCGCGCUGGAUGACGUGUGUGUGCGCGCUGGAUGACGUGUGUGUGCGCGCUGGAUGACGUGUGUGUGCGCGCUGGAUGACGUGUGUGUGAGUGCUGGAUGAUGUGUGUGUGUGUGCUGAAUGAUGUGUGUGUGUGUGUGUGUGCUGAAUGAUGUGUGUGUGUGUGAGUGCUGGAUGAUGUGUGUGUGUGUGUGAGUGCUGGAUGAUGUGUGUGUUUGUGAGUGCUGGAUGAUGUGUGUUUGAGUGAGUGAUGGAUGAUGUGUGUUUGAGUGAGUGAUGGAUGAUGGGUGUGUGCGCUGGAUGAUGGGUGUGUGAGUGCUGGAUGAUGGGUGUGUGAGUGCUGAAUGAUGUGUGUGCUGGAUGAUGGGUGUGUGAGUGCUGGAUGAUGUGUGUGCUGGAUGAUGGGUGUGUGAGUGCUGGAUGAUGUGGUUGUGUGUAUGAUGGGUGUGUGAGUGCUGGAUGAUGGGUGUGUGUGUGUGAGUGCUGGAUGAUGGGUGUGGGAGUACUGGAUGAUGGGUGUGUGAGUGCUGGAUGAUAGGUGUGUGUGUGUGUGUGUGCUGGAUGAUGGGUGUGUGUGUGCUGGAUGAUGGGUGUGUGAGUGCUGGAUGAUGGGUGUGUGUGUGCUGGAUGAUGGGUGUGUGAGUGCUGGAUGAUGGGUGUGUGUGUGCUGGAUGAUGGGUGUGUGAGUGCUGGAUGAUGGGUGUGUGAGUGCUGGAUGAUGGGUGUGUGUGUGCUGGAUGAUGGGUGUGUGAGUGCUGGAUGAUGGGUGUGUGUGUGCGUGCUGGAUGAUGUGUGCGUGUGUGUGCGCGUGCUGGAUGAUGUGUGUGUGUGUGUGCUGGAUGAUGGGUGUGUGUGUGUGUGUGCUGGGUGAUGGGUGUGUGUGUGCUGGAUGAUGGGUGUUUGUGUGAGUGCUGGAUGAUGGGUGUUUGUGUGAGUGCUGGAUGAUGGGUGCCUGGUGUGAGUGCUGGAUGAUGGGUGUUUGUGUGAGUGCAUGUGUGUGUGUGCUGGAUGAUGGGUGUUUGUGUGAGUGCUGAUGAUGGGUGCGAGUGCUGGAUGAUGGGUGUGUGUGUGAGUGCUGGAUGAUGGGUGUUUGUGUGAGUGCUGGAUGAUGGGUGUUUGUGUGAGUGCUGGAUGAUGGGUGUUUGUGUGUGUGCUGGAUGAUGGGUGUGUGUGCUGGAUGAUGUGUGUGUGUGUGGGAUGAUGUGUGUGUGAGUGCUGGAUGAUGGGUGUUUGUGUGUGUGCUGGAUGAUGGGUGUGUGUGUGGGAUGAUGUGUGUGUGUGUGCUGGAUGAUGGGUGUUUGUGUGAGUGCUGGAUGAUGUGUGUGUGAGUGCUGGAUGAUGGGUGCGUGAGUGCUGGAUGAUGGGUGUUUGUGUGAGUGCUGGAUGAUGGGUGUUUGUGUGAGUGCUGGAUGAUGGGUGUUUGUGUGAGUGCUGGAUGAUGUGUGUGGGGGGGGGGAGGAUUUUUUUUUAACUUUAUAUUUUAUUUUAUUUUAUUCCCCCCUCCCUGCUUCUUACCUUGUCAGGGAGGGGGGAGAUCGCCUGGUGGUCCGGUGGUAUGCUGGAGGGGCCAUCACGCAGUGUUCCCUCUCCAGCUCUAACUCUCGCGAGACUCGCCUGUGCGGAGCGUUGCCAUGGUAACAGCAGCGGGUCUCGCGAGAGUUAUAACUGGAGAAUGAACACAGCAUGUGACGGCCCCUCAGUGCAGGGACCAGGGCCGGUCCUGCAGGACAGGUAACGGGAACGGCGUUCCUGCUAUGGAAAAAGUGCAGGAACGCCGUUCCCAUGCGUUCCUGCAGGACUCGAGCCCUGAGUACCACCCACAGGGAUUUGAAGAACAACCAAUAAACACGUACAAUACACUCAGACACUCCCACACAAAAUCCUCCCCUCUGCCUGUGAUACAAUUACUUUAAACAAUGGGUUAAUAUAAUUAUCACAGGCAGGAAAAUACACAGUUUUACACACUAUUCAUAACGUUAAAAGUAUGCAUCACAUUCACAUUUUCUGAAUCAGCAUACUCCAAAUACCAACAUACGUCAAAAUCAUACAAAGUGGUCCAGUGGGUCAAAAGUUAGAUCAACGUCCUUUGUGACCAAAUGAAGCAUGGCUUUUCUGCCCAAAACCAGUUCCACAGAGUCUUCUAUUCUGGAAAUAAUUGGAAAGUAAUCCAAUUAUCUCCAAGGACAGAGGCAAAACUCUAUUAGCCACAUGGUAGCAAAAUACAAUAAAAUACAUAAAAAUAUAUAACUGUGCAGCUAUUGCAUAAAACAGGUACAUUCAACAUAUCCCCAGAUGGCUUGGAUCUGAGCGCUCAAUAUAUCCAAACAGCACCAAGAUCCCACAAACACAGUCAAAUCGCUUUGGGGUUUAAGUCUAGCAUCAAGUUCCAACUGGUCUGGCAGUGUCCCUGGGACAACGCCCUGCUGGAGAACAAUAGACAGGAAACGGGGGAGGGGCACACCUUCUCAUGUAUUCAAAGGGGCAGAAAAAGUGUUUCAAAAUCCAAUAAGCCCAAAUAAUGUCUUUAAAGGGCAAUACAUCCCAGGGGCCAUAGUCACAUGGCAGGAGGCUGGCAAUCAGUAUUCUCCAAUGCCCAGUGGCGAG